AUGAUGCGAAGUAAAUCCAAUCAUACCUCCACCACAAAUUUAAUGGGAAACAACAGAUACUCAGUAGUCAAUUCUGAUUUGAACUAGCUGAUAAAGGAGAGCACAGUUAACAGAAGUUCUGUCAAAGAACUCACAAAGUUGACUUUGAAGCAAGAUAUAAAGCAAAGUAUGGAUGAGAUGCCUUAGGUCAGAACAUCAAAAAACAAACCACCUCUCAUGCCCUUGAGGAAAAGUUUGAAGCUUGUAGCAGUCGCUGGAGGCUCUAAUCAGAAGUCUUCUACUAAUGAUAAUGAUAGAAGAAUUUCACCAAUUGUCAAUAAAAAUUACAAAAAAGACAUGGUCACAUUCGAAUCAAGUCCCUAUUACGUAUAGAAAAAGUUUGAUUCGAACAUAGCUUUUGACGAGGAUGACUAGCUUAUGAUAAACACGAUUCAUUGCAGAGGAGAUUAUUCAUUGAUUAAAGAAGUUAUCAGGAAAAAUGAAUGGUUUGAGUGUAAAUAGCCAGGUAAGGGACACAUCAUGUGGUAUGGAAAUAGACUCUCUGAUACUGACAAAGCUCUCGUAAGGAACCGCAAUGUCUGGUACAAUAGAUAUGUUGGAGGAAGUUUCCUUUCUUAUAAGAGAACUUUUUCUUAAUUGCUUGACCUUGCAAGAAGACUUUUUCCUAAGGAUUAUUCUGAUUUCAUUCCGAAGACGUUUUACUUUCCAGAAGAUAUGAAUAAGUUCAAAGAAGUGAUGGCUUAAAAUGAUAAGGAUGAUGAGUAGAUCACCUAUAUAGUGAAGCCUAGUAAGGGAUUUGGAGGGUAUGGCAUAUUUUUCAUCUAAGAUGAGAUGGAUAUCCCAUCAGAAAAUAUUAAGGAUAUGGUCUGCUAGCACAAGAAGUUUGAUAUGAGAUUGUAUGUGCUUUUAAAGGGCAUUCAAGGUGAUAUACAGCUUUACCUUUGCGACGAGGGGAUGGCUAGGUUUUGCACAGAAGACUAUGAAAUGCCUGAAACGGGUAAAAUUGAUAAGUUAUUCGGACAUUUAACUAAUUUUACAUUGAAUAAGGACAGUGACAAGUAUAUUAAUAAAGAUGACUUCAUAGAUGAUGAUAGUGGGACUAAAAGGCUUCUUAGUAAUGUUCUUAAGAUUAUGGAGAAGAAGCCAAUUAGAUGUGAUGUUGAAGAAUUAAUGACUAAAAUAGAGGAUGUGAUAGUUAAAAGUUUUGUAGUAAUUAUGCCACAUCUUAAAAAUCAAUUCUAAAUCGAGUUUAAUUGUAACUUAUCUCAAGCUAAUACAAACUGCUUUCAACUCUAUGGAAUCGAUAUAUUAAUAGAUGAUGACUUAAAUCCGUGGGUACUAGAAAUAAAUAGUAAUCCUUCCUUCAACAUUAACAUAUAAAAGUUUAUCAAAGAGGAAACUGCUAAUAAUGAGAGCAAGUAUUCAUUGAAAAAUGAAAUUUCAUCCAUAGAUAAAUACAUAAAAUCUAUGGUGAUCUCAGAUGCAUUUUAAAUAGUAACAAGUCAAAAAUCUAAUCUAAAGUAGUUAGGAUCUUUCACAAAAUUGUAUCCAAUGCGAAAGUAUGCUAAGUAUGGAGUGUUAGAUGAGAUCCGUGAGGUAUUCGAGUAACUAGCAGGCUCUAGAGAUUUUUCAGGCAUCUCCUGCUCUUAGUUUAUGAAAAUGAUACAGUCAAGUGCUGAGAUAUUUAUUAUUAAAGAUCAGCUAUAGAAAUACGACUAUGAACUUAUAUUUUAGCAAAUAAUUUGUGAUAAUAGUAUUGCACAUGGAGGUAAUAAAAAUCCUGUUAAAACCAUCAAUCUUUAAAAAUUCCAUAUGCUGUUGUAUCUUAUUAUGGACAAGCUUUAAGCUCUGAAAGAUUUAGAUCAAGGUAGCAAGAAAGUUAAUAAAUGGGGUUUAAAGGAAUUUAAAGAAUUCUUGAAAACAAUAAAGGAAAAUUUAAGCUGA